AUGGCUGAGCAGCUCAACCUAUUUCCCCUACCUCCCGCCCGCCCAGGUAUCCUGAGAGGCGAGAUGAUGCUUCAGGCGCUGCCCAGCAUCGUGGCUGCAAUGGUUCUUUCCCCCCCUCCAGGCUCCACGGUGUUGGACAUGUGCGCCGCUCCAGGGGGGAAGACCACACUGCUGGCCCAGAUAAUGGGGGGGCAGGGAAAGGUGGUGGCAAUAGAUUGUACGGCAGCCAAGGUAUCCGAAAUUAAGUCACUGGCAGCAGACAUGGACGUGGGGGGAUGUGUGGAGGUGUAUCAGGGAGAUGCCGUACAUGCCGUACAGGCUGCAGUCCAAGUUCGGAAAGAAGGAGCAGGCGAAGGCGGAGGCCAAUUAUUUACCCCCGUUGCGCCGGAACAGGAGGAGCAUGGGGGAAACAUCUGCGAAGCUGGCGAUGAGGGGGAAGCGGUCGGCACAGGAGAAGAAGGUUCCACUGGUCCACAAGUCAAAGUUAAAGUCAAAGUCAAAACAUACGGAGAAGGAGAGCAGCAAGCUCCUUUCGGUCCCCCUCCCUACCCGCCGGGUACCUUCGAUUACAUCCUCCUCGACCCGCCGUGCUCCGCUUUGGGGUUACGACCCCGGCUGUUGCACGCCUGGAGCUUAAAACAGUUGGUGUACUGCACGUGUACGAUAAACCCAGAUGAGAAUGAGGCCAACGUGGCAUGGGCUCUGGACAGGUUUUCGGGUUCCCUGGAGUUGCUCCCCGCGGAUCCGCUGUUGGGCCUUACGGGCCUUACGGGGGCCGACCCAGAGUCGGGAAACCGGUGGUUGUCCGAGCGGGAGGCGGCGCUGGUGCAGCGGUUCGACCCCGGGUGGUUGCAGGGGAGCAGGAGGAGGAGGAUGGCGCAGUCGCCGAUGCCACCAGAUGGCGAGAUGGGGGAGACGAGGCCCGCGGAAGCGUUACAGCUGCAACCGCAACAGCCCGGGAAGGAGGAGGAGGAGGAGGCGGGAGGGGGGAAGGGGCGGCAUAUCAGCAGUGGUGGUGAAGAGCGGGGGAGGGGAGGGGAUCAUGCAGAUCACGGAGGUGGAGGCGGAGGAGGAGGGGAAGCAGCAGGAGGAGGAGGCCCAACCGGACUACGAGAGGAGGAGGAGGAGGAGGAGGAGGAAGGGGCGGAUGACGUUAUGGGGUUCUUCAUCGCCAGGUUUCGGAAGACAGCGGCGGCGCCCACAUAG